AUGCUCGAACAAAACAACUUGCAGACGUUUGUCACGCCACCGGAGGACCUCGAGAAGCUUCUCCUGGCCCAUCUGCCCGACUCGCUUACCCUGUUGCGCAAGGUCCAGUAUCUCCGACGAAGGGCGUCCUUGUCCAAGGCCAAGUUUCCCCAGAUCCUGCUAGCUUCCUCGCCGUCACCGUCACCAUCGGAUGGCGUACCCGUCGCCAACGGCGGCCAAGUCCCGCCGCGUCAACCGCCAAGGUCCUUCACCAUGGCGUACAUCAGCACCACUGUCGCCCAGAGCACCUCCAUGUACCUGUACUCGACCCUCCAGGACGACCCCGAGCCGCCCGGGGCCACCGCCGUAGCAGAAACCGAGGGUCAGCUGGAGACGAUCCUGCAUGCCCUGAUCCGGCUACGCCGCGUCGUCCAGGACGGCGUGCGGCCGAAUCUUCAGGCCACCGUGGUUCUAGGGAGCCUGCAUUCCCGCAUCCGCGGCCUGUGGGAGAAGACGGGUCGCGUCGUGCCUCGACCGGGCGGGCAUUACGACAAGUGGCUCUUCGACCUCGGCCAGGUUCCCCGUCUGGACGAGUCGCUGCCGGAGGACAUGGUCUGGGGUUCCGGAAGCCUGCAGGACUGCGAGGUCGUGGCCUCGCGCACUGAUAUUCCGCGACCCGUCGAAUAUCUUGUCCAGAUGCCCAGUCUGUUCAUCAAGCUUCUCGACGGGACCCCUGUGUCCUGGGCCUUCCUAGACAGCGUCGGUUCCCUCAUUUCUGUCCACUGCGAGGUUUGUGUCCUGUUUUCAUUUGAUUGA